CCCUGCGGUGAUGCCUGGUUUCUAUGGGCACCUGUUCAGCAGAGGGGAAACCGGAUAGCCGCGGACUGAACUAUCCGCUAGCUCGAGACAGUCACAGUGCCUCUGACAGGCGGCUUCACCAGACAGCGGAGACUAUCCGUGCGACUUCCUCUUUGGAUCAAGUCAUGCGUUGAUCCCGACUUGGAAUCACCGCCCCUGUACGAAAUGUCAUCCGUGGAACGACAAUCUGAGCCAACGAGGAACGCAGAGGAUGACGCAAAGAUCGAAAUAGUGUCAGUGACCGAAGAGGAACUCCCCACCACCGCCAUUCCCAACGUCACGCAACGGAUUCUCAACAUCCUCGAAGCUAAAGUAUUGCCCGCCGAGGCAGGACAACAAGACGGAGCCACAUCCAAGUGCCACAUUAUUACAUCCAAGAAGUUUCUGCUGUUGGUGGCUGCCGGAGUGGCAACCAGCACCGUGUUACUUAUAAUAGUCAUCAGUGUGGGUGUGACCUACAGCUGUAUCGGCAAGUUCCGAUGUACGAACUCCUCAUCGUGCCUCUGGCUCUCCGCUCGCUGUGAUGGCGUUAAAGACUGCCCUGCCGGGGAAGAUGAGCUGGGCUGCGUGCGAGUCAGCGGGAAGAGCUCGGUGGUGCAGAUCUACAGCGGAGGGGCGUGGAGGACCGUGUGCUGGGAUGGCUGGAACUCCGCGCACGGCACCGCGGCUUGCGCGCAACUGGGAUACGGCAGCUACAUCAGCUCCACGCAGCUUCCCGUCACGUCCAUCGAGGAGACGUUGAGGAACAACUUUGUGGAAGUCGACGUCAGCCUCCGCGUUAACCGAGUACAAAUGGCCGCCACACUCAGUAAGUGUAGUUCGGGAAGAGUGACGUCGCUCAAGUGUUUAGAGUGCGGCUCCAGACCCAGGUUCCUGCCUCGGAUCGUCGGAGGGAAUCUCUCGGCUGGCGGGCAGUGGCCGUGGCAGGUCAGUCUGCACUUUGACGGACACCACUUGUGUGGAGGAUCUAUCAUCGCCCCGCUCUGGAUAGCAACCGCUGCACACUGCGUCGUCCAGUUCAUAUUUCUCUCCUCGUGGAGGGUGUAUGCUGGCAUCGUGGAGCAGCCUCUGACCGAAAGCUCUUCCCACCUGGUCAAGAAGAUCAUACACCACCAGAAAUUUAGAAGCCAGACGUACGACUAUGACCUGGCCCUCAUAAAGCUGGAACAGCCGCUGGCGUUCAAUGAUUGGAUUCAGCCCAUCUGCCUACCGAACUCGGGACAAGAAUUUCCGAAUGGCAAAGCCUGCUGGAUCUCAGGCUGGGGCCUGACAAGUGAAGGAGCGGAUGAAAUCUCACUCGAUCUGCGCGAAGCGGAGGUCCCGCUGAUUGCCAACAACAUUUGCCGCCGUCCCGAUGUUUACCACAAGAGGAUAAGUUCCAGGAUGAUCUGCGCUGGCUACCUGCACGGAGGUGUGGACACCUGUCAGGGGGACAGUGGUGGACCACUGGCCUGCAGCGAAGAGAGCGGAUGGAGGUUGGUGGGGAUUACCAGCUGGGGAGCUGGCUGUGCAAACCAGAACAAACCUGGCGUCUACACCAGGGUCACCGAAUACCUCGAGUGGAUCCACCAGCAAAUGGAGAAGGAAGAGUCAAAUGGCUGAAGACAACCAAAAGUGAAGCGUUUGAAUAAAACCACGUCUAAGUUUUGUCCUAAUUA